UUGCAAUGAAAAAAGCCUUUUUGUGUGUCGUCAACGUAUAUAACACAUCUCUGCCGCAGUUUCUUUCUUUGGAAUAAUGUCGGCUGAAUAUGAUAAUAGAGACAAUGGCCCUGAGGGCAUGGAGCCAGAUGGGAUCAUUGAGAGCAACUGGAAUGAGAUCACUGACAGUUUUGAUGAGAUGAACCUGCGUGAGGCUCUUCUCAGGGGAAUUUAUGCCUAUGGUUUUGAGAAGCCCUCUGCUAUCCAGCAGAGAGCCAUUAUGCCUUGUAUCAAGGGAUAUGAUGUGAUCGCUCAAGCCCAGUCUGGCACUGGAAAGACUGCCACCUUUGCCAUUUCCAUCCUUCAGCAGAUCGAUGUGGAAAUGAAAAGCACCCAGGCUCUGGUCUUGGCUCCCACUAGGGAGCUGGCUCAGCAGAUCCAGAAGGUGGUGCUGGCUCUAGGUGACUAUAUGGGAGCCAAUUGCCAUGCCUGUAUCGGAGGGACCAAUGUUCGCAGUGAAGCCCAGAAGCUCCAGGCUGAAUCCCCUCACAUUGUGGUGGGAACCCCUGGCCGUGUCUUUGACAUGUUGAAUCGCAAAAACCUCUCUUCAAAGUUCAUAAAAAUGUUUGUGCUGGAUGAGGCUGACGAGAUGCUUAGUCGAGGAUUCAAGGACCAGAUCUACGAGAUUUUCCAGAAACUGGCAAGCAGCACGCAGGUUGUCCUUCUGUCAGCCACCAUGCCUGCCGAUGUGUUGGAAGUCACAAAGAAGUUCAUGCGUGAACCAGUUAGAAUCCUGGUGAAGAAGGAGGAGCUGACCCUUGAGGGCAUCCGUCAGUUCUACAUCAACGUGGAAAAAGAGGAGUGGAAACUGGAUACGCUGUGUGACCUCUACGAGACCCUGACCAUCACACAAGCGGUCAUCUUCAUCAACACAAGGAGGAAAGUGGACUGGCUGACUGAGAAGAUGCAUGCCAGAGACUUCACUGUGUCUGCUCUGCACGGUGACAUGGACCAGAAAGAAAGAGACUUGAUCAUGAGGGAGUUCCGCUCUGGUUCCAGUAGGGUCCUCAUUACCACUGACCUGCUGGCCAGGGGUAUUGAUGUCCAGCAGGUGUCCCUAGUCAUCAACUACGACCUGCCGACCAACAGGGAAAACUACAUCCACAGGAUUGGUCGGGGUGGUCGGUUUGGCAGAAAGGGAGUUGCCAUUAACAUGGUUACCGAGGACGACAAGCGAACCCUGAGGGACAUUGAGACAUUCUACAACACCACGGUGGAGGAGAUGCCCAUGAAUGUGGCCGAUCUUAUCUAGAUGACUCCACCGUCCACCCUCUCCCCACUUGUUUUAGCAGUCAAAACCUUGUUUUCUUAUACAAUCUGAAUUCUAAGAACGUUCUUUUGCUAAAUUCCACAUGACUUUACCCUUUACAUUCUUGGGGAGGGAAGAAUAUGGCCAACGUUCCUCCCUUACCGUUGACUUUUUUGUUUUUUGGCCAUUUUGGAAGGAUGGAAUUACUGAUCUGCUUGCCAUAGUCCAUUACCCCACAACCUAAAUUUGUUCUCCCUCCACUCCAAACCAUAACGCUUACACAAAUGUGUUUUUUGAAACAAGGACUUUUAAUAUCAAACAAGCAAGUUUGUAAUUUGGUCUCACACGUGCAAAAAAUACCCGCGUUUCCAAAAGUGCAUUAAGAAAAAAACAUGCCCCAGUAAAUUUGAUGUUUGGAAAUAAUCUAGUUUGGUCAGCGGAGGCUUUAAAAAAACAUUGAGGAAAAAAAACUGCUUAACGUUUACACUAGCCCAGAGAUACCUGACGCUUUUGUGAAAUGUGGCUAUAAUUUGCACCCGGAUAUGAACGAGGGGCUUAAACUGCAGUUUAGUUUGGACUCUAAGGCACCAUUGCUCUAGAUGAAAUGGGAAGUGCUGCAUUUGACCAGAUCAGUAUUUAAGCAACCUUCAGUGUACUGCAAACAGCCUUUUAACUCCCAUCCCUGAUCAUGUUAAGAGGUUUCUGGGGCUAGAGUACACAGGGCAUAUUCAAUAAAAAGACCUAUAUAGUAAAAUCCA